AUGUUUAAACGAAAUAUUAUUGAAGCUGAGGCUAAAGAUUUAGAUACUAACUUUAUUUCACAAAAUAAUGUUCACAUUAAAACUAAAGCAAAAAGUGUGAAAUUACCAGGAGAAAGUCAAAAAUCAGGAAUUAUUAUAUGGAUGACAGAAGGAGAAACUACAUUUUUACAUGUUUUGAAAUAUGAAAAUGAAAAAUUGACCGAAUGUUUAAGAGCUUGGAAUUAUAAAGGAAAUGUUAUUGAUGCUUAUUUAAGCGAAAGGCUUCCAUUUACUAUUACUGUAUUAACAGCAAAUAAUAUCGCUUAUAGAAUUACUGCUUCAAGUCAAGAUCCUACUACACCAUUAGUUGAAAAAAUUGAUGUUGGAACAGUUAAACCUUCACAGAUUAGAUGUUUUGAUACUGAUAAAACAAGAGAAUUGGUGUUAAUCCUUGACAAACAGAUAAGAAAGUACUUCCAAACUUGGGACUCAAUAAAUGAAAAAACUAGACUUAAAGAAGAAGAGGAAAGAUAUGAAAUUAGUGGGGAAUUUCAAAUUGCUGACCCAUCAUUAUUUGAAUGUAAUUGUAAGUAUUUUAUAACAAGAAUUAAUGACUCAAGUCUACCUCGUCCUUCUUUAGGGAUGCUAACAGCAAAAUAUUUUUUAAUGUCUAAUUCUUUUGCUGGUGUAGAAAUUAAGUCUUGGGAUGAUAAUAAAUUUAUUAUUAGACAAAAUGUUACGCCAAAACAACUUUCAAAGGUUUCCAUUGAUAAUUCAGCAAAGUAUUUAGCAGCUGUGGAUAUUACUGGAACAUAUUGUUUUAUAUAUCAAAUAGAAAAAUCAGAGUUAAUUCCAUUUGGUACUUACUAUAGAGGACAGUCUCAAUCUCAAGUACAACAACUCUCAUUUUCUCAUGAUGCAAAAAUAGUUAUAUUUGUAUCUUCUAAGUCUAUUCGAUUUAUUCCAUUACCUGGUUCUGCUUUAACCUUAGGUACUUAUAUAGAUGAGCAAUCAAUUUGUUGUUUUUCUUCACCAACAAGUCAAACUAUUUCUGUGUGUGAAGUAAAUAAUGAGAAUGACCCAAAUUAUAUAUUUAUUGUUGUUACUGAAAACUCAAUAGUCCAAAUUACUUUUGAACUCAAAACUGGAAGAAUAGAAAAUUAUCAUAUUAAAGAAUUUGAAGGUUUAGUUCAAAUGAUUAAGUCUCUAUCACAAAUUGACAUUCGUAGCGAAAAAACCACAAAACAUGAACGUUUUUAUUUCAACUAUAAUUAA